GAAAGGAACGCGCAUGCGUGCGCGCCUCACUCAGCGAGGGUUCGGAAUCCAGUCAGUUGUGAGGAAGAGCGGGAGAAGGAGCAAGCCGGGCUGCGGGCGGCUCCUUCGGCCUUCAGUGAGGGGAAGGCCGCGGCUGUCUCGGGUCCGGCCGGUCCGGCCCGAAAAGGCUCCGCCGGGAACAAGAACUCGGGAGAAAGCGGCCGCGCCCAGCUCCAUGAAUGGACGUCGGCAGCGCAGGACCCGUUGGGGCUCAGCCCCUGCUCAUGGUGCCCCGACGGCCUGGCUAUGGCACCAUGGGCAAGCCCAUUAAACUGCUGGCCAACUGCUUCCAAGUUGAAAUCCCAAAGAUUGACGUCUACCUCUAUGAGGUGGAUAUUAAGCCUGAUAAGUGUCCUCGGAGAGUGAACAGGGAGGUGGUGGAUUCAAUGGUGCAGCAUUUUAAAGUGACAAUAUUUGGGGACCGCAGACCAGUUUAUGAUGGGAAAAGAAGCCUUUAUACAGCCAACCCACUCCCUGUGGCAACAACUGGGGUUGAUUUGGAUGUCACCUUGCCAGGUGAAGGUGGCAAAGACCGUCCUUUCAAAGUGUCAAUAAAAUUUGUUUCCCGGGUUAGCUGGCACUUGCUGCACGAGGUUCUCACAGGACGGACCUUGCCUGAACCUUUGGAACUAGACAAGCCCAUCAGCACUAACCCUGUUCAUGCUGUUGACGUGGUGCUACGACAUUUACCCUCAAUGAAGUAUACACCUGUAGGCCGCUCUUUUUUCUCUGCUCCAGAAGGUUAUGACCAUCCCUUGGGAGGUGGCCGGGAAGUAUGGUUCGGAUUCCAUCAGUCUGUUCGGCCUGCAAUGUGGAAAAUGAUGCUAAACAUAGAUGUUUCUGCCACUGCCUUCUACAAAGCACAACCUGUCAUUCAGUUCAUGUGUGAAGUUCUUGACAUUCACAACAUUGAUGAACAACCGCGACCUCUGACUGAUUCUCACCGGGUAAAAUUCACCAAAGAGAUAAAGGGUCUGAAGGUUGAAGUGACUCAUUGUGGAACAAUGAGAAGGAAGUACCGUGUCUGCAAUGUUACACGGAGACCUGCCAGUCAUCAAACUUUCCCGUUGCAAUUAGAAAAUGGCCAGACUGUGGAAAGAACGGUGGCGCAGUACUUCAGAGAAAAGUACAACCUCCAGCUGAAAUACCCUCACCUUCCUUGCCUACAAGUGGGACAGGAGCAGAAACACACCUACCUGCCUCUUGAAGUUUGUAACAUUGUGGCAGGCCAGCGAUGUAUCAAGAAAUUAACAGACAAUCAAACAUCAACGAUGAUAAAAGCGACGGCAAGAUCUGCUCCGGAUAGACAGGAAGAAAUCAGCAGGCUGGUGAGAAGUGCAAAUUAUGAUGCUGACCCAUUUGUUCAGGAAUUUCAGUUUAAAGUUCGUGAUGAAAUGGCCCAUGUGACGGGACGUGUGCUCCCAGCCCCCAUGCUGCAAUAUGGAGGAAGAAAUCGAACAGUGGCAACACCAAGCCAUGGUGUGUGGGAUAUGCGUGGAAAACAGUUUCAUACGGGUGUGGAAAUCAAGAUGUGGGCCAUUGCUUGCUUUGCAACACAGAGGCAGUGUCGUGAAGAAAUCUUAAAGGGUUUUACAGACCAGCUGCGUAAAAUCUCCAAGGAUGCAGGGAUGCCAAUCCAGGGCCAGCCAUGCUUCUGUAAAUAUGCACAAGGUGCUGACAGCGUGGAGCCCAUGUUCCGACACCUUAAAAACACAUAUUCUGGGCUCCAGCUCAUCAUUGUCAUCUUACCUGGGAAGACGCCAGUAUAUGCGGAGGUGAAGCGUGUGGGGGACACCCUUUUGGGGAUGGCCACGCAAUGCGUUCAAGUCAAGAAUGUCAUAAAAACAUCUCCUCAAACCCUCUCAAACCUGUGCCUAAAGAUAAACGUAAAAUUGGGAGGAAUCAACAACAUCCUUGUACCUCAUCAACGACCUUCUGUGUUCCAACAACCAGUGAUCUUCUUGGGAGCAGAUGUCACUCAUCCACCUGCUGGAGAUGGAAAGAAGCCAUCUAUUGCUGCUGUUGUAGGCAGCAUGGAUGCCCAUCCCAGCAGGUACUGUGCCACAGUGAGAGUUCAAAAACCCCGCCAGGAGAUCAUCCAAGACUUGGCCUCCAUGGUUAGAGAACUCCUCAUCCAGUUCUACAAGUCGACGCGCUUCAAACCCACGCGGAUUAUCUUCUACCGCGACGGAGUGUCAGAGGGACAGUUUCGACAGGUGCUGUAUUAUGAACUGCUAGCAAUCCGAGAGGCCUGUAUUAGCCUGGAAAAAGAUUAUCAGCCUGGCAUAACAUAUAUUGUUGUUCAGAAGAGGCAUCAUACAAGGCUGUUCUGUGCUGACAGGACAGAAAGGGUUGGAAGAAGUGGGAACAUCCCAGCUGGAACAACUGUCGAUACAGACAUUACACAUCCUUAUGAAUUUGAUUUUUACCUCUGUAGCCAUGCAGGAAUACAGGGUACCAGCCGCCCCUCACAUUACCAUGUAUUGUGGGAUGAUAAUUGUUUUACAGCGGACGAACUUCAGCUGCUCACCUACCAGCUCUGCCACACUUACGUACGCUGCACACGCUCUGUGUCCAUCCCUGCACCAGCUUAUUACGCUCAUCUGGUGGCAUUCAGAGCAAGAUAUCACCUUGUUGACAAAGAACAUGACAGUGCUGAAGGAAGUCAUGUUUCAGGACAGAGCAAUGGGAGAGAUCCUCAAGCCCUUGCUAAGGCUGUACAGAUUCACCAAGACACCUUACGCACCAUGUACUUUGCUUAAUUAAGAAAAAAAAUUACGAGAACAGAGUCUAUUCACAAAAAGGAAGAAAUGCAGAAUUAAAGCCACAUACAGUGUAUGUUUCCAGGGGGGCGGA